AUCCGCUACUGCUAAAAUCACACUCCGUUUUAGAGCCAGAUAUGCUGCUCGAACUGUUUCAGCUGCAGGAUAUUUACCAAGAACUUCCUUCAAUCGCAGUAUGGUCUCUGUGCCCAGUGCUGGUCCAUUAGUAUACGCUGGAUCCAAGUAUCAAUCAUGGUAUUGGAGCACAGUAGCAGUUGGGCUAGUAGGUGCGGUGACAGCAAUGGCUUUUAGUAGCAUUCAAGCAGACAAUGAAGCAGCAAUGCCUUUAGAAUUCAAAGUUGAGCCCAUUAGCAAGCUCAAUGUGCCCACUCGCAUCACAGUAUGUCAUGAUGACCAGUCCAAAGAUUUUCAAUUGCUUGGACUGGGCGUUCGCCAAGUGACUCUCCUGUACCUUGCUGUAUAUACUGCUGCCAUCUAUGUUGAUGAUUCUCUCACCCAGCGCAUUUCUCGCUCUACACGCUGGACGCAAGAGUUUGCGCAGGAUAAGCUUGUUCAGAACACAUCAGACUCCAAGUGGUUUGUCAGUGAUCUUGUUAAUGGCCAUCCAGGAGAGAUUUCUCUUCGCAUUGAUCCAGUCCGCAACACCAACGGUCCACAUCUGCGUAACGGGUUUGUGCGAUUUCUGACUGAGCGUCAACGUCAGGAAACGCUCAAAGGAACGCUGGAUGAGAAAGAGAGUGCAGCAUUUACCAAGUCACUAGACGAUCUACGAGCUCUGUUUCCUUCUGGUGCAAUCAUGAAAGGCCAAGUGCUUGUAUUUACCAAGCUAAGCGAUGGUCGCUUGCAUGUCAGUUUUAAUGGCCGAGAAAUGGGCAGCGUGAACAGUCCGUUGCUGUCGAAAUGGGUGAUGGAAGGAUACUUGCGCAGCGACCCAGUGAUUUCGCCCAGUCUAAUAGCAAGCGUUGCUGCAGGAGUAAAUCAUGUUGUGCAAAGCCAGUGACCAAAUCAAGAUCCCACCAAUCAGAACAACUCAAUCUCUGCUGAAUAAAAAAUAUUCGGAUUUGAAACAU